UAAAAGUAGAAAACAGAGAGAAGAGUGCACCUGCGCGGAGGCUGCGGGGCGGCGGUGAGGAGGGAAGAACAGCCGCUGCUCUACCAAACGGUCAUGGCUGAGUGUGGUGGUCGGGUGUUGUGAGACGCGCUCCCCACUUUUUCAAGAUACUUUGCGGUUGUCGGCUAUGAAGUGGCAUGUCGGAGUGUUGACGUGUUGUGGAGUAUAGCAGUGUUGCGAAGGUGGUUACAAUGGUGCCGCGCGGUGUGCUGGGCCGGGUGGGGGCGGCCCUGUUGGUGAUGGCGGUGUGUGUGAGUGCAGAGAUGUUGCCCGAAGUGAUGUACAGUGCGGCUGUGCCGCAUGAUGUGACCCCUGCGCAUAUUGUACACAAGAUCAAGUUAAAAGAUGGUCAAACGGUCACUAAGUUGAUGGAUAGUGAGUACUCAGAUUAUUUCGCCGCGCUGGACAACGGCGAGGUGAUGACGGUUUCUCGCCUCACCCCUCUGCUGGGUCGCGUGGCUACCUUGCGUGUGGCCACAAAGUACGCCAACGGCGACACUCAGGUCUACGCCAUCAGGGUGGCCAUCAAGGACCACCAGACCAUGCUGCGCUUCCUCAAGCCUGAGUACGAUGCUUCCGUGUACGAAAACCUACCCGCCGGCACGGAACUGCAGGGCCUCGACGACCUGGAGGCCAUGGGCGAGGAAGACGUAAGGUACGAGCUGCUGGGCGGCCACUCGGUGUUCGCCCUGCAUCACGUGGGCGGCAUCCCCACGGUGGUGACGCGCCAGGCGCUGGACCGUGAGGCUCAGGAUCUGUACCGCCUGGUGCUGCGCGCCUAUGACAAGGAGGGAAUGGACACUGCCGAGGCAAAGAUCAACGUACACAUCCUGGACAUGAACGACCAUGCCCCUGUGUUCACCCAGAGCAUGUUCUACUUCUUCGUCCCGCUCAACAUUUCGCGGUUCGACAAGCUGGGUCGGGUCACUGCUCAUGAUGGCGACGGCGACAAGGUGGUGUACCGCCUGGCGUACCCGUCCAACAUCUUUACCAUCGUGCCGCAAACAGGCGAGAUCAUGGUGAUCGAGCCGCCCGAGACGAUGGUGUACGAGCUGGAGCUGGAGGCCUUCGACAAGCGCAAGCCGACUCUUUACUCAGACGUGCUGGCCAAGGCUCACAUUGAAUUCCGUUCCCCCAGCGACUCCCUUUUCACCGGCGAGAGCAAUGACAUCGAGUACGACGCCUACCCGGAACACAUCGUGUCCAAACGCAGCGCCAAGAAACGCGUGAAGCGCGGCCAGCUGCGCCAUACCAAGGAAAUGGUCUUCUCAGAGGCUGACGGCGCCGUGGAGAAAAAGGUGGUCUUCCAGCUCGAGAAGGAAAUCCAGUGGGAGACAUUUAAGAUCCGCGACGACAACCCGUGGGUGGAGGUGGACAGCAACGGCGCCGUCCGGGUGAAGAAGAAGUGGGACUACGAGGAGCUGGGACCUGAGAAGACCAUUGACUUCUGGGUCACCAUCACCAACAACGACAGAAAUGGUGAGUUGAGUGUUCAAGGAGGCGCUAAUGGUGGUGGUGGUGGUGGCGAUGGCGUUAGCUACAAGGACAACCAGCGUGUCAUUCUGCAAAUCACCGACGUCAACGAUGAGCCGCCAUACUUCAUCAAUCGGCCACUGCCCAUGCAGGCCGUGGUGAAGCUGAAUGCUGCGCCCAACACUCCAGUGUUCACUCUGCAGGCCCGAGACCCUGACAAGGACCAUGACAUCCACUACUUCCUUGUCCGAGACAGAACUGGUGGACGCUUUGAGGUUGACGAGAAGUCAGGCGUGGUGCGGACGAGAGGCUCAGAGAUGUUCCAGCUGGACAUGGAGUAUGUGCUGUAUGUCAAGGCGGAGGACCAGAAUGGCAGGAUUGAUGACAAGCACUUCCAGUCAACCCCUGAGGAGAGGCUGUCCAUUGUGGGAGGAAAGCGACCCCCUCAGUUUUAUCUCCCAAAGUAUGAGAAAACUAUCCCUGAAAAUACUGCAAAGGAUGCCGACAUCAUCUCUGUGAAGGCGAAAUCUUUUGCUGACCGAGAGAUCCGCUACACACUGAAGGCUAAAGGUCAGGGCGCUGGUACCUUCAACAUUGGCCCCAACUCAGGCAUUGUCAAGCUGGCCAAGGAGCUGGACUUUGAGGAUGUGCGGCAGCCUCACAUCUACCAGCUCGUCGUCACAGCAACAGAAGACUCGGGUGGCUUCUCUACCUCUGUCGAUCUGACCAUAAAAGUGACAGAUGUGAAUGACAACCCACCUAAGUUUGACCUGCCAGAUUACCAGGCCCACAACAUUGAUGAGGACAUUCCCAUUGGCUCUUCAAUACUCAGGGUGAAAGCUCGGGAUGAUGAUUCAGGGACCAAUGCAGAGAUCACUUACUCUGUAUCAGACGACCACUAUCGUGUCGACAACAAAGGAAUCAUCUAUAAUCGCAAAACUCUUGAUGCUGAUGAUAACAAUGCUUACUAUGAGUUUACAGUCACAGCCACUGACAGAGGUGAGCCAGCCAAGGAGGGAACAGCCACCAUUCGCAUCUACACCAAGAACAAGAACGAUGAAGAACCUAAUUUCUCUCAGCAAGUGUACACUCCAAAUGUUGAUGAAAACGCUGGACCCAACACGCUGGUGACCACUGUGGUGGCGUCAGACAAGGAUGGUGACAAUGUGGAGUUUGGCUUUGUUGGUGGUGCUCGGAAAUCAGGCCAGUUUGUGAUCGAGAAAAUGACCGGUGUGAUCCGAUUACACAAUGGAGCGAUAUCCCUUGACCGGGACAAGUACGAACUGAAUGUCACGGCAGUUGAUGAUGGCAACUGCUGCCCAGGCGGCCAGAACUCCCGCCACACCUCCACUGCUGUUGUUGUUGUCUUCAUCACAGACGUCAAUGAUAACAAGCCAAUGUUCAAGGACUGUCCAACUUACCAUGCCAAAGUAGAGGAGUCUGCCCCAAAUGGGUCACCUGUGAUCACUGUCCAUGCCACAGACGAGGACAAGGGUGUCAACGGUCAGGUUCGCUACAGCAUUGUGCAGCAGCCCAACCAGAAAGGCACCAAGUUCACUGUAGACCCAGAGACUGGAGCUGUGACAACCAACAAAGUAUUUGAUCGUGAGGGUGAAGACGGAAAGUUUGUCUCGGUGACAGUGAAAGCAACAGACAAUGGAGACCCGUCGCUAGAAGGUGUUUGUUCCUUCACAGUGGAGAUAACGGACAUCAACGACAACCCUCCAUUGUUCGAUCGACAAAAAUAUAUCGAAAACGUAAAGCAAGAUACAAACGUGGGGACAAAUAUUCUUAGAGUGUCAGCCUCAGAUGAAGAUGCAGAUAAUAAUGGAGCCAUCGUGUACAACCUGACAGCAGCCUCCAACCCUGGCGACCUUGAGUACUUUGAGGUGCAGCCAGAAUCUGGAUGGAUUAUACUGAAGAAGCCACUCGACCGUGGGGAGUACGAGGUGGUUGUAACAGCCAUGGACCAGGGACAGCCUCCUCUCACCUCGGAGGUUCUGGUUGAACUCAAUAUCGUGGACCGAGCCAACCGCCCACCCGUGUGGGAUGAGAAGGUUUAUCAAACCAAGAAGAUUCCAGAGAAUAUUAGUGUGGGUCAGACCGUCUACUCCAUCAAGGCCAGCUCCGGCAUAAAAGAUAACCCAGUGGUGUUUUAUCGCAUCAUCCGAGGGUCCACGGCUCAGACCAACAAGCACGACACCUUCUACUUACAACAACGGCCAGACAAUGGAGACACCUGGGCUGAUAUCAAAGUGAACCAUCCACUGGACUAUGAGAGCAUAAAGGAAUACAACUUGACUGUCCGUGUGGAAAACAACGGGCCGCAGCAGCUGGCCUCUGAGGCAACCAUAUAUGUGGUGCUGGAGGACGUUAACGACGAGAUUCCACUGUUCACUGAGCGAGAGCAAGAGACUGUGCUUGAGGGAGAACCCAUUGGGACCAAAGUAACACAGGUCAACGCUAUCGACAAAGACGGGACUUACCCCAACAAUGAGGUGCUGUACAGGAUAGUUGACAGUCCAAGGAAUGAAGGCAGGGACUUCUAUGAAAUCAGAGAACGCACGGGAGAAAUUUUCACCCGAGUGGAGUUUGAUCGUGAGGAGAAACAGGCGUACGCACUGGAGGUGGAGGCGCGCGAUGGAGCAGCCUCCGCUCGACCCAACGCCAACGGCAGACCCAACACAGUGACCAAGUUCAUCCGUAUUGGCAUUGCGGACAAGAAUGACAACCCUCCAUUCUUUGACAAGACACUGUACGAGGCCGAGGUGGAUGAGAAUGAGGACAUUCAGCACACCGUCCUCACCGUCACUGCCAAGGAUUUGGAUGAGUCCUCACGCAUUCGAUAUGAGAUCACAAACGGCAACAUUGGUGGAGCAUUUGCGGUGAAGAAUAUGACUGGAGCGAUUUACGUCGCUGGUUCACUGGAUUACGAAACAAGGAAACGGUAUGAACUUAAACUUGUGGCAUCUGACAACCGCAACGAGAACCACACCACUGUUGUUAUUCAUGUCAAAGACGUGAAUGACAACCCGCCCUUGUUUGACCGGCCACUCUAUGAGACGCAGAUCACAGAGGAAGAUGAUCGGAGCCUGCCUAAAAAUAUUCUUCAGGUUGUGGCCACUGAUGGCGACCGAGACCGUGAGCAGGACAUCGUGUACUUCCUCACAGGUCAAGGCAUCUAUGUGGAGAACCCUGACCAGUCACAGUUUGAAGUGAAUCGCACCUCAGGAGAGAUUUUUGUCAGAAAGCCUCUGGAUCGGGACCACCCCAAGGGUCGGCCACAGUGGAGGUUCACCGUGUUUGCACAAGACGAGGGAGGCAGUGGUCUGGUGGGCUACGCUGAUGUCCAGGUCAACUUGAAGGACAUUAAUGACAAUGCCCCAACCUUCCCUCAGAUGGUCUACUUUGGCAACGUGACAGAGAAUGGGACACAAGGCAUGGUGGUGAUGACAAUGACAGCUGAAGAUUAUGAUGAUGCCAAUGAGGGAAGCAAUGCUAAACUGACUUACUCCAUUGAGAAAAAUGUGAUUGAUGAGAACACUGCCACACCCAUCUUUGAGAUUGAGCCUGACACUGGUGUGAUCAAAACUGCCGUGUGCUGCCUCGACAGAGAGAAGACUCCUGACUACUCUAUUCAAGUGGUUGCUGUAGAUGGAGGAGGACUUAAAGGGACUGGCACAGCAAGUAUCAGAGUGCGUGACAUAAACGACAUGCCACCAAGAUUCACUAAAGAGGAGUGGCAGACAGAGGUUGCUGAGACUGAAGGAGCCAUUCUACCUGACCAGGCUAUUCUUACUGUUACUGUUCAUGAUGAGGAUGAAACCAAUAAAUUCCAUUACAAGGUCAUUGAAUCUUCUGGCUAUGGUGCAGAUAAGUUUACCAUGGUGAGGAACAAUGAUGGCACAGGCUCUCUCAAGAUUGUUCAGCCCCUGGACUAUGAGGACCCAAUGCAGCGAGGUGGAUUCAGGUUCAAGAUUCAAGUGAAUGAUAAGGGAGAAGACAAUGAUGCAGAGAAGUACCACGUCGCUUACUCUUGGGUCAAAGUGGAGCUGCGAGAUAUCAAUGACAACAAGCCUCAGUUUGUCAAGCCUAACAUUGAGGUGCCUGUGUUUGAGAAUGCUGAGAUAGGGAAGAGCCUGGAAACUUUUAAGGCCACAGACCCAGACCAAGGCGGGCAAAGCAAGGUGCUUUAUGCUAUUGACCGUACGUCUGACCGGAGGAGACAGUUUGCCAUCGAUGGUGCAGGAACAGUGAAGAUUCAGCGAAGCUUAGACAGGGAGGAAAAUCCUCGCCACUCAGUAAAGAUCUUAGCCAUUGAUGACGGCACUCCAGCAAAGACUGCCACAGCAACACUCACUGUCAUUGUACAAGACAUCAAUGACAACUCACCAAGAUUCCUGAAGGAUUACCGCCCAGUCCUUCCUGAGAACACGUCUCCCAGAAAAAUUGUUGAAGUCUUGGCCACUGAUGAUGAUGAUCGCUCAAAGGGCAAUGGACCUCCCUUCCACUUCAGAAUGGACUCAACAGCUUCAGAUGAAAUCAGAGCCUCCUUCAAGGUGGAGCACAUCCCCAAGGGAGCCAAUGGAGAUGGCAUGGCAGUCAUCUCCUCCUUACGCACCUUUGAUCGGGAAGUUCAAAAAGAAUACCACGUACCCAUUGUGAUCAAGGACGCUGGCACACCACAGAUGACGGGCACAUCAACCCUUACCAUCAUCAUUGGAGAUGAAAAUGACAACAAAAUGCAACCCGGCUCAAAGGAAAUAUUUGUUUAUAACUAUAAAGGUCAAGCGCCAGAAACACCCAUUGGGCGAGUCUAUGUGUAUGACUUGGAUGACUGGGAUCUACCGGACAAGAAGUUCAACUGGGCCAUUGAGGCUCAUCCAAACUUUAAGCUGAAUGAAGACGAUGGUAUGAUCACCAUGAAACGCGGCACUGGUGAUGGCAAAUACUUCCUGCAGUUUCAUGUAUAUGACCGCAAACACACCCAGACUGAUGUGGAGGCCAACGUGACUGUGACAGUGAAGGAGAUCCCUGAAAUUGCAGUCAUUAAUUCAGGCUCCAUUCGUAUUGCCAACAUGACAGCUGAAGACUUUAUCAGGAUAUGGAACUAUAAAUCCCAGCGAGUAGUGCGCAGCAAGGCAGACAUAUUCCGGGAAAAGAUUGCACGUCUAGUGGGAACGAAGGUGGAGAAUGUGGAUGUGUUUAGCAUACAACUUAAGCAACUCCGGCCUCCAGUCACUGACAUACGUUUCUCAGCACAUGGUUCACCUUACUACCAGCCCAUCAAGCUGGAUGGAUUGGUUCUCCAGCACCGAGCUGACAUAGAGGCUGAGGUGGGAAUCAAUAUUACUAUGGUCGGCAUUGAUGAAUGUCUGUAUGAGAAUGUUGCAUGUGAAGGGUCUUGCACCAACCACUUAGUCAUCUCCAGUCUACCAUACAUGGUCAAUGCCAAUAAAACUGCUUUGGUUGGUGUACGAACUGAAGUUGUACCAGAGUGUACUUGUGGUGCCAGAAACUUCACCCAAGAGGAGUCCUGCCGGCCAAACCCAUGCUAUAAUGGUGGACGCUGCAUUGAGGGCAAGUCUGGGGUGCACUGCAGGUGUCCAGAUGGGUACGAUGGUCCUCGCUGCCAGAUGGUGACUCGCACCUUCAGAGGAAAUGGCUUUGCCUGGUUCCCUCCCUUCAAGAUGUGUGACAACUCCCACAUCAGUCUUGAGUUCCUCACCAGGCGUCCUGAAGGUCUCCUCUUCUACAAUGGUCCCAUAACUCCCCCAGAGCCAGAUGAGAUCAUUGUGUCAGAUUUUAUUGCGUUGGAACUUGAAAAUGGUCGGCCCAGACUCCUCAUAGACUUUGGGUCUGGGACACUUCAACUACGAGUAAACACAAAAGUUAGCCUGAAUGAUGGCAAGUGGCACCGCAUCGACAUCUUCUGGGACACUGAGAUUGUGAGAAUUGAUGUGGAUCACUGUGUAGCAGCAGAGGUUCAGGAGCCUGAGGAUGGCGGUGAUCCAAUCUUUGAGUCAUCAGGGUGUCAGGCCACUGGGUCCAUUCCUCCUUUCAAUGAGUACCUCAAUGUCAAUGCUCCCCUGCAAGUAGGAGGCCGUGCUCAUGAACCACCAGAUCCAAGCCUGUACAAGUGGUCACACGUUCCUCAUGGUAAAUUCUUUAGUGGUUGCAUCAGAAACCUCAUGGUGAACAGUGAACUGUAUGACCUGGCUCGGCCUGGCCAGCACCGUAAUACCCAGAUGGGCUGCCCCCAGCUAGAGGAAGCCUGCCGCAGCAAUUCUAUAGUACCUACUUGUGGACCCAAUGGAAUUUGCUCUGGUUCUCUUUCCCAGCCAGUGUGCAAGUGUAAACCUGGCUGGACUGGGCCUACGUGUGACGAACCCACAAACUCAUCCUACUUUGAGACACAGUCCUAUGUAAAAUAUGCUCUUUCUUUCAAACCUAAUUCAUUCAGCACUGAAAUUCAAUUGAGAUUCCGCACCUGGCAAGAGUACGGGGAACUGUUCAGAAUAUCUGAUCAGCACAACAGGGAAUACGGCAUCCUUGAGAUCAAGGAUGGAAGGUUACGAUUCCGAUACAACCUCAAUAGUCUAAGAACAGAAGAACAUGAUUUGUGGCUGUCAGCAGUGGCUGUGAAUGAUGGCAUCUGGCACUCUGUCCUGGUGGAGCGCCAUGGAUCCACCUCCACUCUGAUGCUUGAUGGAGGUGAAGGGCGUCGCUACAAUGAGACCAUGGCUUUCUCUGGCCACAUGUUGAUGGACGUGGACAAACAAGAAGGAGUGUAUGCUGGAGGCAAGGCAGAGUACACUGGCAUCCGAACAUUUGAGGUGUACAAUGAUUACAAACUCGGUUGUCUUGAUGACAUCCGCCUGGAGGGAAAGCACCUACCGCUGCCUCCUGGCCUCAAUGGCACCCAGUGGGGCCAGGCUACCAUGUUCCGGAAUCUUGUCAAGAACUGCAUCUCCCAGAACCAGUGUGUCAAUGUCACCUGUAUAGCUCCCUUCACCUGCAAGGACCUGUGGAUGAAGCAUGAGUGUGGCUGCCCAGAAGGAUCAGUGUUUUCUGGCUCCACUUGUGUCGACAUUGAUGAGUGUGAGCUGUGGCAGCCCUGCUUUAAUGGGGUGUGCAUCAACCUUGAGCCAGAAAUGGGUGGCUAUGAAUGUCAGUGUGUCGAUGAUUACCAUGGCACAGACUGCAACAUGUACCUGGAAGAAACCGUCCUCAAACCUUCCACUGAUUUUGUUGUAGCCAUUGUCUGCUGUAUUAUUUUGUUGUUAUUGCUGGUGCUGGUGUUUGUGGUGUACAACCGGCAAAAGGAGCGCCACUUCCCCAAGGCUGACCCGUACGAUGAUGUGCGUGAAAAUAUCAUCAACUACGAUGAUGAAGGAGGCGGAGAAGAUGACAUGACUGCCUUUGACAUCACUCCACUGCAGAUUCCUGUUGGGCCAGCCAUCGGCAAUGGAGGACCACUGCUUGGAAAGAUGCCAUAUGGCCCUGGUGGGCAGCCAGAUGUUGGAGUUUUCAUAAGUGAGCAUAAGAACAAGGCUGACAAUGAUCCUAAUGCUCCACCAUUUGAUGACCUGCGAAACUAUGCCUAUGAGGGUGGUGGCUCCACUGCCGGAUCACUCUCCUCACUGGCUUCAGGUACUGAUGACAACGAACAAGAUUUUGAUUACUUGAAUAACUGGGGUCCACGCUUCAGCAAGCUGGCUGACAUGUAUGGCCACGGGGAGUCUGAGGAGGAGGAGGACCACUAAGCCUGCUGCUGGAGCCUUGCUGUGAAGUUCACCUUGUUACUCGAGAGAUUCUGUGUGCCAGCAGAGAGCAAUGUUUUUAUUUUUAAAGCUAGGAGGACUCUGGUCAGGGGGAGGGAACCGUCCCUCUGUCUUAAGGUAAUAUGGGGGUCAAUGUGGAGAGAUGUUCUGCCUCAAAAAGUAAUUUAGCAUGUUGCCUUAAAUGGAGAUAUAAAUGUCAGCAGUAUCAGAUUAGAUAUUAGAUCUUGAAUCACAUCAGUACGAAAAUUAAUUGCUCUAAAAUAUUACUGGUGCUAUAUCCUUCUCUUUGGAUCAUGGUGGUGUGAUAAAAGAAUUAAUAUUCUCUGGUGUCAUGUGAUAAAGGUGGAAUAUAGGUCAUUUAGGUAAUAACUACCAGUGUUUAUGAAGUGGCAUUUUGAAAGUGUCAUUGCAUUGCCUGCUGUCCAGUCCAUGUAUGUAUUAGACAAAGCAGAAGCUCCACUUGGCCAGCUCAGGCAACCACAGUCCAGAGUGUCUUGAGUUGAAGAUGAUCACCAAGCCUUCCCAGCAAUGACUGGAGGUCCUCCUGCCCGUGUGUGGCCAACACAUGCUUACACACCCACACACACUCCGGCACACCACUCUCACAGUGCCAAGACACUGAACCAUGAGGUGAAGAAAAUGUCAGUGUUCAGUGUGAAAUAUUGCUCCUGCAAGUGGUGAGGCCAGUGAUGUCUGGACACCAAGAGCUUGAGAGACAGUGUAGGUCAAGGCCAUGCUGCUGAAGGGUGUAGGGGGAGACCCAACAUUCCAUAAAAGACACCUGUGUGAUAGUCUAGCAUGAAAGUGAAAGGAAGACAUAGACAGAGUAUUUACAAGUUAUGUUAUGACCCAUGACCAUUUGUGACUAUUUGUUAUUACCCGUGUUAUGUGCCAAGUAUGCCAGGCAAAUCUUUUUGAUUUGUGAAUUACUGACGUCAAAGUACUUUUUAUGUGCUAUACUCAUGAUUUUGUUUGUCCUCAUUCACUACAACUGUGAAGCAUAUCAAGAAAUACAAAGGUUUAGUGUAAUGCACCACAGACACUGAGGACAAUGUUUAUUUGUUCUCACCCACUGAGUUACACAAUACUUCUAAGUGUGAAUAUGAGGAUGGGGUUGGUUCCCAUCCCUGUAUACUACUCUCACCCUUAGUUGCAUCAGGCCAGUACUGCCACCCUGCGGACCUUAAUGCCCGCUGACUCACAAAGGAAUCUCAGGCAGUACUGAGUUAACCUGUAUGAAGAAAAUGUUGAAUGUAUGUAAAGUUUUUGUACAUGUGUAGAUACUUAAGAAGAUAGAUGUCUCAAAGAAUGAAAUAGUUCUUUUUCAAUAUUUGCUCAUCUCUAUGAAAGCUAGACAGCAAGAUCAGCUAGACAUGUUUGACAGCUUCAUUAUUGUAGCUCUUCACUGAUAGCGAGUUUGUUACUGAACUGUAGUCUUCUUGGUGUCUUGCUGUACAAGUUUUGAAAGAAAUAAUGGAUGAUUUUCAUGCACUGUAGGUUGUGGGGCAGCCCCUUGGGAGGAGACCAGAAUACUUCUUGCUGAAUAAAGAAAGAGUUACUUUUGAAGACUGUGUUAACGAGAAAUUUUUAACACAGAGGAAGCAAUAAAAGCUUGCUUAUUUAUUUAUUUUUGCCUUGAGUCAUUUAGUCUGAUCUUGGACUUGUAAAUAGGUCUUUACCACGGGGUUAGGCAUCAACUUCCCAGCUACUUUAUGUUUGGCAGUAGACCCCUCAUGGCCCCUCUGCCUUCUUCCCCCACCCGCUGCCCCACACUCCUACAGCCCCAGUCAGUCAUCUUCCCCUCGUUCCCAAAGCCCAUUCCAGCCCCGGCAAGUCCUGGGCCCCACAGAUCCACCCCGCCCUCCCCAUCCUCUCCAUGGGUUGCGCCUGUGGUGGUCUCCCGUUAAGGAAGUUUUCCAGUCCAGUUUAUUUAUUAGUCUUAUUGAUAGCUAUGAAAUUGUCUCAAUCUUUAAAAAAGUAAGAUCAGUCAAGUAAAAAAAUGGAAAAAAAAAUGGCACUUUGAGGAGACUUGAAAUAUCCAUCAACCACAGAACCUUGUCAGCACUGCCAGACAUGAUGGGAGCAGGCUGGGUUGUUUAGUCAUUGGCUUCUUAUGUUACUGAUAUUAUCAUUAUUAUUAUUAUUAUUAUUAUUAUUAUUAUUAUUAUUAUUAUUGUCAUCAUCAUUAUUGUUAUGUAUUUAUUUUUUAUUUUCCGUCAUUAUAAUCAUCAUCCUAGACUUAGAGCUAUAUGCACAAGUUGAUCAUAAAGAGGGUGAUGCUGGGCCUGGAGAAACUGCAGGUUGGGGUGUCUUGAGUUCUUCAUUUUUAUACUAAUUUAUCACCACAUAUAACAAUGAAUGAAUUUCUCACAUGAUUCAUAACAAUACUACUUAGGGUGUGAUGGGAAGCAGGGGUGGAGGAGGAGUUCCUUGCUUCCCCCAUCCCUGUUGACCCCUGACCCUCCCACCCCACCCACCCUGUACCUCACUUUCUCACCCCUUGAAGUUUUACCAAGUCCAGCUGACAGGUUUUUAUAGCAUUCCAUAUACCAAAAAAAAAAUUAUGUAUGAAUGCCAUUGUUCAUUUUCACAUUUUGUAUAAAAGAAUUUCCAUCUCACUAGAAACAGAAGGACAUUGAAACCAGAUUUCUCUGAUAUAGUUGGAAUAUGAAUUUUUAAUCUUUCCUUUUUAAGGUCUCAGACAAGUUAGCAAAAUGUUUUUAAGUUUAGUAAUUUAUAUACUGCUCAUCUGCAGUAAUUGUAUGAACAUCAAACUCUGUAUUGGAUGAAAGUUACAUACAAAUUUCCUUUUAAUUUAUUUGCUUUCUUUCUUCAAACUGCUAGUAAAAUUCAUACAGAGAAAUUUGGGUUAUCCCCAGGCCAAAGUCUUGUGUAUCUUAAAUAUUUGUACAUUAUAUAUAAAUUCUCAUUGUGUACUAGCUUAUAACAUUGUCACAAACCCCCCCAAGAGCUUCUGACUGUUGUACCACAGAUGUAUAUAUAUAUAAUAUACUUACCUCAUGCCCAGAUAACUUUGGCCCAGGGAGAACAGGAAUGGUCAGAGUAGAGAAUUAUUUCCUAAACAGUAAGAGAUAAGUUUUGUACCCUAAUUAAAUGCCGAGUAUUCAUGAGCAGAGUUGUCGUCUCUGAUUGGAGAAGAACAGCGGAGAGAAAAGCCAUAGCAACUAAGCUUUUGUUUGAUGUUUUUAAGCUGUGAUUUUACUGUGUCUGCAUUGUCAUCUGAAAUAGACUAAAGCCUUUGUGUAUGUUCUGUUUUCUACCCUCCAGAUUUUAGGAGUCACAUUAAUUUGUCUGGUUUUUGUUUCUCUUUCUCAGAUUUUGUGAUCCAUAUUUUCUUGCUGAUAGUCCUUUAGAUUACAUUACUUCAUCCUCUAACCCGUACCCGCUCAUAUCAUUAUUUCCUGUUUAGUAACCUAAUGCCUUUUCCUUUAUUUUCUGUGCUCCAAAAAAAUUAUCUUGCUAAAGAUUCAUAGUUUAUGAUUUCAUUGAUUUGUAUUUUAAGAAAGUCAACCAAAAAUUAUCUUGGCAUUUGAAAGAGAGAAAAGUUUAAUUAAAUAAAUCAACAUGAAGUAUACAA